GUUGCAUCUUUUUUGAUGUGUCCUUUCCUUCAGCAGCCAAUGCAGGCCUUGGAGACAAGAUGAGAAUGAGUACUGAGGAGACCACAGCAGACACUGCAUCCCCUGCACCUUAUAAUAAUACAGUGGAAGGUAAUGAAGAAAAAGUGAAAGUUUAUCAUUCACACACUGUGUUCAAUCCACCCACAUCCACAACAGUGGAAGAUAUUUCCAAAGCCCAGUCAUCUGUACCUGUCUAUAGCAACUCCCCACCCAAGCACAGGUUCGUCAGCUAUGAGACUGUACUGGGACGAUCCCCAGGGAUGAUGACCUGCACUUCCUGCCAACAGCAGGUCAUGACAAAUGUCACCUACAAAGUUGGUGCUUUUGCUUGGCUGAUGUGCUUCGUCUUCAUUUUCUGCGGAUUGUUUGUUGGCUGCUGUCUCAUCCCAUUCUUUGUCAAACACUUUAAGGAGGUCUACCACUCCUGCCCAAGGUGUAAUGGGAUUCUUCACGUUGAUAAGCCGUCCUGCUGUUGACCGGUGCGAAUUAACACAACGCACUUGAUAUGUGAAAAUCCUAUGCCUGCAGAAUGCGUACAUCUUUUAGAUGUACAUAAUAUGAAAUGUCUUCUAUACUUGUGUAUGAAUGUUUCUAUUGCCUCAAUAUCAUGUUUCAUCAUUGCCAUGGCAUCGGUGUUAUGCUGCAGAUUAUUUGUACAUGUGCUGAUGUUUAGUGUACCAGGGCCAGUUUAAAUUGAGAUGAGUGAGAGAGAACAUUUUAAAACAUGGCUAUUUCCAACAAGCAUACAUUUGUUUUAUGUGCAAUUAAAUAUUAAAAUAAGUUUGUGAUUGGAGUCCCUCCUUUGGAGAUGGAUCAAGGGGAUUCAUUUCCAGUGUCACUUGGAUUUCAGAGACUUCACUGAUGCAUAUUUAUAGAAAACUUUAUUCAACAUUUUCCAGCAAAAAGGCAAUAUACAGGAAGUUGUACACUGCUGCAACAUGGAGGAACAGACAGAUAUGCAAAGGUCCUCUUUGUACUUCACUCGAGACAUGGUGUAGUAAUUGCUAAGAAUUAGGAAUAAAAUUAUGGAAAGUCAGGAACCAAAAAUACACAAUGAAUAUGGACACAGAAUUAAUUUGUAUCCAACAAG